UUUGACAAGAUGCGCCAAACCUUCACGUUUGGUUGAUCUUUUUGCAUUUGCACUUAAUUCCACUCCACCAGCCGUUGCUAAUCGAACCAGUCCCAGUAUGCGGCUGUGAAAGAAUAUCAACGCAUUUUUUGUAAAUGGUUUCCUCCGGGCACCGGUUUCGAAAUUCAAAAGAGUUUAGAGGAUAAAUGGUGGAGGGUAACUGAAGUCAAUUCUGAUUAUUCCUUAUGUUCAACCUAUCCAUCUCACCUGAUAGUCCCACGCACCAUAAGUGAUGAAGAGCUACAAGAAAUGUCUACCAGCCGAGCUCUUAGUCGCUUCCCUGUUAUUUCCUGGUGUGAUUUUGCAUCUGGAGCCGUCCUGGCAAGGUCUUCUCAGCACAUGGGAAUCAAGAAUCUUAAGAAGUAUGAGGAUGAAAAACUUGUAUCUGCCCUUUGCACUCCAGGAAUUCAUCGCACAGACCUUAUAAGGAAACUAUACAUAGUUGAUGCCCGGCUAGGGGUCAGCGAUUUAGGAAAUGGUAGGGGAUCAGAGUCAGUUUGUUCCUAUCCGAAAUCUGAGGUUGUCUAUCUUGGAAUUGAAGAUAUAUAUGAAAUGAGAGCUAGUUUUUCAUCUCUCUGGAAGUAUGUUGAUACUUAUGGAUCAAUUUCAUCAAAUAGACCCCCUUCAGCUGGAUCUGUCAUUGGAGACCUGGUAAAUCAUGGCUUAGCCUGGGGCGGCGGAAUUAUAAAUAGCAUGACAAUUUUUUCUAUUCGGGAGGAAUGGCUAAAUCAUAUUCAUAUUAUCCUCAUUGGUGGUUCAUGGAUUGCUGAAAAAAUUGCCCAUGAAUCAGCUUCAGUUCUAGUGCAUUGCAGCGAUGGCUGGGACAGAACAACACAGUUAGUUGGACUUGCUGCGCUCCUGCUUGAUCCGUAUUAUCGAACGUUCACUGGAUUUCAGGCGCUUGUGGAAAAAGAUUGGCUAGCUUUUGGCCAUCAAUUUGCAGAUAGGAUGGGUCUUCCAACAAUAGCUAUAGGAGGCCGGCCUGCAAAUCCUUCGGUUAAAUCUCAGCCAUCAGAUAAUAAAACUUCACCAGUACUGUUGCAGUGGCUUGAAUGUAUUGCUCAGUUGUUGCGCAUGUACCCAUCUGCAUUUGAGUUCUCAACUGUAUUCCUGGUUGACUUUAUUGAUGCUGUGUUAUCAUGCCGUUUUGGGAACUUCCUAUGCAAUAGGGAACUAAUCUAG